AAACACACACUCAGACGGACUGGGAUCAAUAAACACACACACUCUCUCUCACAGGGAUUGGGAUCGGUCUCACCCAAACUGCCCGUUUCGAGUAGAGCGAGUGCCGGAUACUGAGCUCGGUCUGUGCCGCUGAACUCAGCGAGGAGGAGGAUCCAAGCUGCCAUCAGCAGAUAUCAAACCCAGUUUUGCCAACAUGCCUUCUACAUGGAAGACCAGGACACAAACCACCAUCGACUUCCCCAAGAAGAAAUUAGCCCAGUGCCGCGCGGUGAAUAAAGAAAGUCAAGGAUCGCCGCCCACAAACCAGAAACAGCCACUCAGUCCCCGAAAGCGUCUCGGUGUUGAGAACCUUUGUAAUGUACCACAGCCCCUGGAGUGCUCACCAACCAAAAGGAAGAAGGAAAAUCAGCCUGUGGCUCCAUUAACCCCUAGAGGUCGGAAGUUGGAAUUUGGUGGGAGCCCAUUAAAACUGGCAGCAAGGCACAGAUCACUCUCUGCCCAUAAAUCACCAGAGCGGACAGGAUGUCCUCUCAAGAAGGGGGAUGAGACUCCUUGUUCCAAAAACCACCUCCCUGCACCCUUGUCUCCCAUUGCAAGGCAUUUAAAACAGCAAGGUGCAUGUUAUCUACAAACCAAGCAGGUGCUGAACACAACCAUUCCAGAGCGCCUUCUCGCACGUGAGCAUGAGACUGAAGUUAUCUCUCAGUUUAUAACAAAUCACGUCAGUGAGGAGAAGCCCGGGAGUCUUUAUGUUUCAGGAGCACCUGGCACAGGGAAAACUGCGUGUGUGGAACGAAUUAUCGAGGACCUAAAGGAGAAACUUGGGGACACAGUCGUCAUUUCCAUUAACUGCAUGUCGCUGAGGAAUUCGCAGGCUAUUUUUUGUUCCAUUGCAGACAACCUCAUUGGCAAGGGAAAACUCAAAUGUAGAAGAAAAGACUUUCCAAAAAAACUGCAAAAGAAGCUUACCAGCAAGGGCCCAGUGGUCCUUUUGGUGCUGGAUGAGAUGGAUCAGCUGGACAGCAAGGCUCAGGAUGUCCUCUACACGCUGUUUGAGUGGCCUUGUCUCAGCAACUCUAGGCUCGUGCUCAUCGGAAUUGCAAACGCACUGGAUCUGACCGAUCGGAUUCUGCCCCGACUUCAAGCCCGGCCCAAAUGUAAACCUCAGCUCCUAAACUUCCCGCCUUACACUAGGGAGCAGAUUGUUGCUAUUGUGCAGGACCGGCUGAGUCAGGUUUCUGGGGAAAAGGUUUUGGAUCCUGCUGCCAUUCAGUUCUGUGCUCGUAAAGUUUCAUCUGUGUCUGGUGAUGCUCGCAAAGCUUUGGAUGUGUGCAGACGUGCUGUGGAGGUUGUGGAAUCGAAGGUUCGAAACCAGACUGCAGGUGAGCCAACGAUGAAAUCUGAAUCUCCCGCAACACCGAUUCAGUCUCCAGGCCUGAAGAAGGUGGGUCUACCACACAUUUCCCAGGUCAUUUCCGAAGUAUACGGUGAUCGCAUGACAUCGAGCUCGGGGUCUGAUGAAUGCUUUCCUCUACAGCAGAAGCUGCUGGUCUGCUCUCUGCUUCUCUUGACCAGAGAGUCGAAAGUAAAAGAAGUCACUCUGGGAAAGCUCAAUGACACGUACAGCAGGAUUUGCCGCCAGCAUCAGAUGACGGGGGUGGAGCAGUCAGAAUGUUUGUCGCUCUGUAGCCACUUGGAAUCCAGGGGAAUCCUCUCUCUCAAGCGGUCAAAAGAGGCUCGACUCAGUAAGGUCGCCUUGAAAAUUGAAGAGAGGGAUGUUGAACAUGCUCUUCAUGACAAAGUAUUGAUGGGGAGCAUUUUACAACGGGGUCUUCCUUGAGAGUACAUUUUUAAAGAGUGUUUUAAUUUUAUCAUUGCCUUGAUGCUAUGGCCUGUAAGAGGCUCGUAAGAUACAACUGUAACCAAAGUAUUAGAGUCUGUCCCUUAUUUUAUAUUGUACUUGUAAGAUUGAACCUUGGACUGUGAUGUUUUGGCAGUGUUUGGUGCAGGCGUGUGGAAGUUGAACAGCAGUGAGUGAUGUAUUCCAGCAUCAGUCAGCAGCGAGAGCCACAAUUAACAUGAGCCCUCUGGAUAGCCAUAAUAAAACAACCUGCAAUCAACAAGUUGUGGGACAAGUUCACGUGGAAUUUUAAAUCUUAAAACAGGGUAAUUUUAUUUUAAAUGACCCUGCUCUUCCAACAGUUCAUGAUGGGCCAAAGCAAUAUCUUAAGAGUGUGCUGACAUUUCAUAUUGACUUCCUUUCCUCUGGAGAGGCCGAAUGAAGGUGGAUAGCUGAAAGUCAGCCCGGGUCACUGCCUGAUUUUUAAAUGCUUUUUUUUAAGGAUGAGAUACAUACGGCUACUUUAACUUUUCUUUAGAAGAAGCAAAUUGUUUUAAAAUGUUUGAUUAUUAAAAGCUGGCACAUUUCUAACUGGCACAUUUAACAGUUUAAAUGCUCAGAUUGGAGCACGUUUGACCUUAAGUUCCACAAGGCAACUUGGUGAAAACUAAUUGUUCCAUUCCUCGCCCUUCUUCCAAUGUUUGUAAAUCCACCCCACCACCCCAACCAGCUGUUUUCAUUGGGACAUGGAUGUGAAAACAAUAACAGGUUUAGCAUUUAAACUGUAUUUGCAGCAAGGGGAAAAAUUGGAGUGUGAAAUGAAGUGUGUGUAUGUGACCAGUGCCAAGGUGACUAAGUAGAUGUGGAUGGCGCCAGUGUCAUUGUAUCACCAGGACGUAGAAUGGGUUUGCGCACCCUUGGAUCAUGUCAUCCUGUACCCAAGGAAUCCUUGUUGUUGUCAGUUUAACUUGCACCUCCAGCUCACUUUACCCCCCACUCCCCCAACCCCUAGCUCUACAUAGGUAGCUAGGUAUAGUGACUGCAUGUGAGCCAUAUAUAGGUGCAAUGGUAAUAAUUAUUGCUGGUGUGAAAAUAAGACCUGUCUACUUGAGUGAAAUUGGAAAGAAAUAGGUUGUAGGAUUGCUAUAUUACAGAAGUUCUGUACAUUUGAUGCUUAAGAAUGGGUUUUCUUUUCUGUUAUAUGGACACUCAGCCUUAUAGUUUGUAUCUCUUGUGUACAUACAAUGAGCACUGGGGAAGAGUUUUAGACUAAAGAUGUCAAGAUGAUGAGCAGCCCUUUUUAUUCUUUGCAUCUCUCUGUAAUUUGAAAAGUUGAUGUGGUGAGGUUUGCACUGCUGUUGCCUUCUCUAAAUUAAUAUCUGCUAAGACACACAACGCUGGUCUUUACAAAAGCUGCUCGUGGCCACAUUUGUGUGUUACAUUGAGCAAGGAAGAGUGGUCAUGCACUGGACUUUCUCAUCCUAACUCUCGCGUGUCUGUCACUUUUUUGGGGUUAUUUGUCCCAUUUUCUCCAUUCUAGCCCUCUCUGGAGUUGAUCCAUUCCCUGCCCUGGCCCUGCAAGAUUAUCGCCUUUUUAAGUUCAUUGCCUGCACUUCCUUCAUUUGGCGGCGAGUCCCAGGAUGUUUUCCUUUCCUGUGUUUUUCAAAAAGUUCUUCAUCGCUUCCCCUGUGUUAAUUAUCAUGGAAUCCCUACAGUGUGGGAGCAGGCCAUUCGGCCCAUCACGUCCACGCCAACCCUCCAAGGAGUAUCCCACCCAGACCCACCCCAGCCCUGUAGCCCCAAAGUUAAUCCACCUAGCCUGCAUAUCCCUGGACACUAUGGGCAACUCUAUAUGGCCAAUCUACCUAACCAUGACACCUUUGAACUGUGGGAGGAAACUGGAACACCCGGAGGAAACGCAUGCGCGCACACACACACUGAGAAAGUGCAAACUCCGCACAGUCACCCGAGGGUUGAAUUGAACUCUGGUCCCUGGUGCUGUGAGGCAUCAGUGCUAACCACUCUGCCACUCCUCAUACCAUUGCUGGUAGGAAGAAUUUUUCCAUGUAGACUUCAUCAAGUCUUACCCCACGAGAGCAAUCGAAGCCUCUAAUGUGUAGCUAAAAUCUCUCAAACCUGAUGGUCUCACGUUGGUUCAUCGCUUCAAGUGUGAUGUACCUAAUGUGGACAAAUGUGUCCUUUAACUUCAAUCUGUGUAUUUCUGCUUUGAAAGUGACCACAUUCAAGAAGAGCAAGAUUCUACAAACAGUGAAAUGAAUUUAAUCAAUCUGGGUGGGGGAGCAGUGGUAUAAUGUGUUACUAUACACAGGGUAAACCCGUCCGCUAAUUUAAACCUGAUACACAGAGAAGCUCAUCUCGCGCCUUAAUCUGUUAACUUUGAGAGGCAAAGAACUAUCCCUGAUCUCACUAUUUAAUGUAAAAGUUAACAAUUUUAUUCUUUAAGUCCAAUGGAGAACAUUAAAACAGCAGUUGUUUGCAGCUCCUUUCUCUUAAACCUAUCUCCCACCCGACAAUACUGGUCUGAUUUUUUUAAAACCUGAUUGAAAUUUAUUAAAAAAUCUCGUUUCAAAACCAGCCAGCUUUUUUGGCUCUCCUUUGUAGAUUUUCCUCUGUAUUUUCCUGGGUUGUCUUUUCUUUGAUCUUCUGUUGUGCAACUUAUGGACAGGUACCUGUCAGAGAGCUAUUUGGCUAGCAGUCUGUACUUGUAGGUGCUCUUUGCUAUUCUCCCUCUAACUGUCAAAUAUCCGGUUUUAAACUCCAAAACGUUGGAUCAUUUUAUUGGUUUGGCAUCAUCCCAAACAGUAAAAUUUAAAUUCGAUUGGAUUUUGGUCAUUUGGGCAUAAUUUAAACUGGCCGAAUUUGAAUUUGUUUUUGUACCAUGGCAACACAACACCAGCUAUUUGUGUCAACCAAAUGUUACAUUUUUAAAUUGUUGAGUGCACUCUGUGCUUUCAGUCAGUCCUGGCCAGUUUCCUCUCUCUCUUAAAGGUACAGUACACACCUACACCAUCAUAACACCCCCCCACUUCCAGAAAAAAUGUACCAUCAUAAUGAAAAGAUGGCUUUUUUUUUGUUUCUAUUCCUUAACCACAAUACCAUGACUUGCAUAUGACUUUAGUCUAAGUUCGUAUGAACUUCUUCCAUAUUGAAUAGAUACCAAUCUCAUCUAAACUUAUCAGUUAAAUCUGCAAUAAUGCAUCUGCGAUUACAUU